AUGAUCUUGGUCAAGGCCAGAGUUCAUGAAACAUACGCCCAAGAUGUCUAUGAUAGGCGCAAUGAUGACAUUGAUCCCGUUGCAGCGUCAGCCGAAUACGAACUUGAGAAAAGAGUGGAGAAAAUGGAUGUUUUCCCCGUUGACCUUGAGAAAGGAUCUGACGGUCUAGGUCUGAGCAUCAUAGGUAUGGGAGUAGGAGCAGACGCAGGCCUAGAGAAGCUUGGUAUCUUCAUCAAGACGAUCACCCCUAAUGGAGCCGCACAGAGAGAUGGAAGGAUCAAAGUGAAUGAUCAGAUCAUUGAAGUGGAUGGAAAGAGUCUUGUAGGUGUGAGUCAAUCGUAUGCAGCCAUGGUUCUUAAGAACACCAAAGGACAAGUCAGGUAAGAUGGAUGAUCAAAUAU